AUGUCUCAAGAUAAACCACUUCCCUUUGUAUACACCUUUGCCGCAGGUGCCAUUGCCGGCAUCUCGGAGAUUCUGACCAUGUACCCUCUGGAUGUUGUGAAGACCCGAGUGCAACUUCAAACCGGCAAGGGAACUAGCGCAGACUCAUACAAUGGUAUGGUAGACUGCUUCCAGAAGAUCGUUCGCAAUGAAGGAUUUUCGAGGUUAUACAGGGGCAUCACAGCCCCCAUUCUGAUGGAAGCUCCCAAGCGCGCCACCAAGUUCGCCGCCAACGAUGAAUGGGGCAAGUUCUACCGCAAAGCCUUCGGUGCUGAGAAGAUGAACCAAUCGCUAUCGAUUUUAACGGGUGCCUCGGCCGGUGCCACCGAGUCUUUUGUCGUUGUACCUUUCGAAUUGGUCAAGAUCAGACUUCAAGACAAGGCUUCUGCGGGUAAAUAUACUGGCAUGAUCGAUGUCGUCUCCAAGACUAUCAAGAACGAGGGUGUUUUGGCCAUGUACAAUGGCCUUGAGAGUACUAUGUGGCGCCACAUACUAUGGAAUGCCGGAUACUUCGGCUGUAUCUUCCAGGUUAAAGAACUUCUACCCAAGUCCGAAAGCAAGAAGGGUGAGAUCCUCAAUGGCCUAAUCUCCGGAGGAAUUGGUGGUACUGUCGGUACGAUAAUCAACACUCCAAUGGACGUCGUCAAGUCUCGUAUCCAAAACAGCCCCAAGGUUGCCGGACAGACCCCGAAGUAUAACUGGGCUUGGGGUGCUUGCGCUACUGUCAUGAAGGAGGAGGGUUUUGGUGCCCUAUACAAGGGUUUCCUACCCAAAGUUCUAAGACUCGGACCAGGAGGAGGUAUCCUUCUAGUUGUUUUCACUAGCGUUAUGGAUUUCUUCCGUUCCAUGAAAUAA